GCCGGUCUUCCACUGCCGGCGCGGGCGCGAUGACGUCACUCGACCGGCGCGGCUGUGACGUCUCAGUAGCGUCCGGUUUAGGAGCUUUACAAUCCAGAUGUCGCACUUGCGUUUCAAGACCCGGAACUCCUGACCUAUUCAGAUGAUAGAUAUUAGCAAAAGCAAUGCAGACCCGUGUCACUACAUUUUUCCAUGUUGUUGUUUUCGUGGCUGCAUAUUGAUUAUGUUUAAAACUAGUUCCCUGUGUGUAAGUGUCCAGGCUGUUGACGAAAUGCCCAAAAGAAAUGUAAAUUCUACUAUUAUUUGUGCUUCAGCUGGCUAAUCGAAGGUUUGUAAUAUUAUACAGCAACUUGUUUGAAAUGGAUUGUAGUAGAGGUGACCAAGAUGUGUGGCAUAACGAAGAAAAGUGCCUGGCUCCUUACUCUGAAAAUAGUGAGCUCUGUGAAGCUGUGGUAAAGUCCAUCAGUUGUGGAGCGAAUGGCUUAUCUUAUGCUGUGAUCUCAUUUUUGGAUUCUACGCAAAAGAAAUUGCCACUUUCAGAGCUUUGUAAACCACCAGCCUAUAAUAGCUCGUGGAACACAUCCAUGUUUGAUGAUGAAGACUUGGAGAAACCUUUUUUCCCAGACAGGAGACCCCAUGGACCUUCGGAAAAUUUUCCAUUGUCAGAUACUGGAGUUUCUGUUCCUUAUACGAUUAAUAGAUACUUACGUGAUUACCAGAGGGAUGGGGUGCAUUUCUUGUAUAAACAUUUCUCUCAGUCUGUGGGAUGUAUUCUUGGUGAUGACAUGGGACUUGGAAAGACAAUACAGGUUAUAUCAUUUCUGGCUGCCGUUCUCAACAAGAAGGGAACACGGGAAGAUAUUGAAAACAAUAUGCCGGAAUUUUUAUUGCGAACUAUAAAGAAAGCCAGCAGUACUUUGUCUCCUAAAAAGGUUUUUUUGAUCGUUUCACCACUAUCUGUACUAUACAACUGGAAGGAUGAGUUGGAGACCUGGGGAUAUUUCAGGUUAACAUUAAUACAUGGAAACAAAAAGGAUUCUGAAAUUUCUCGGCUCAAACAGGGAAAAUUUGAAGUUGCUUUGACUACUUAUGAGACUCUUCGAUUGUGUUUAGAUGAGAUUAACAGCAUUGACUGGUCAGCUGUGGUUGUCGACGAAGUGCAUCGAAUUAAGAAUCCAAAGGCCAGAGUGACACAGGUCAUGAAAGAAAUAAGGUGUAAAGUUCGUAUUGGUCUUACAGGAACUAUUUUACAGAACAAUAUGGGAGAGCUAUGGUGUGUUAUGGACUGGGCUGUUCCUGGAUAUUUGGGUAGUAGCAGCCAAUUCAAAGAAAAGUUUUCAAACCCUGUAGAGUAUGGACAAAGGCAUAAUGCUACUAAGCGAGAACUAGCUACUGGAAGGAAAGCCAUUCUAACACUGGCAAGCAAAUUGUCACCAUUUUUCCUGAGACGUACUAAAACGCUUAUAAGCCAACAGUUGCCUAAAAAAGAAGAUCGGAUUAUUUUCUGUUCUCUAUCAGAGUUCCAGAAAGCUGUUUACCAAACAGUAUUAGAAACCCAAGAUGUUAACUUGGUUCUACAAGGAGGGGAGCUGUGCAGUUGUAAAAGUGGUCGUAAAAGAAGAAAAUGUUGUUACAAAGAAAAUGUUUAUGGCGAAAGUGUCAGGACUCUUUAUUUCAGCUACUUGGCUAUUCUACGUAAAGUUGCAAAUCAUGCUGCUCUUUUACAGACAGACACUACCACCAGCAAAAAACAGGAAGCUCAUAUUAAAAGAGUUUGCAAUGAAGUGUUUUCCAAGUUUCCGGAGUUUGCACUGCAAAGCAAGGAUGCUGCAUUUGAAACUCUGUCUGACCCCAGAUAUAGUGGAAAAAUGAAGGUCCUUCAGAAGCUUCUAAAUCAUUGCAGAAAAAACAAGGAUAAAGUUCUUCUUUUCUCCUUUUCCACAAAGUUGCUUGAUGUUUUGGAAAGAUACUGUAUGGCCUCCGGGUUGGACUAUAGAAGACUUGAUGGAAAUACAAAGGCAGAAGAAAGAAUGAAAAUUGUGAAGGAAUUCAACACUAUGCAAGAUGUAAACAUUUGCCUAGUUUCUACUAUGGCGGGAGGUCUAGGACUCAAUUUCAUUGGAGCUAAUGUUGUGGUUGUUUUUGAUCCCACUUGGAACCCAGCCAAUGAUCUACAGGCUAUUGACAGGGCCUAUAGAAUUGGACAAUGUAGAGAUGUGAAAGUUUUUAGGUUUGUAUCUCUGGGGACAGUGGAAGAAAUGAUAUAUCUAAGACAAGUUUACAAACAGCAACUUCAGUGUGCAGUGGUUGGAAGUGAGAAUGCAAAGCGCUAUUUUGAGGCUGUACAAGGUUCAAAGGAACAUAAAGGAGAGCUGUUUGGCAUCAAUAAUUUGUUCAAACUAAGACCACAAGGAAGCUGCCUGACAAGAGAUAUAUUGGAGCGUGAAAAACAGGUGGAAGCUGGAGUAACAAGUGCUACCAUGUAUGUAAGUCAGACACCUAAUACAGAAAUGGGUUCAGAUCUUGAUAGUGAUGACCCUAAAGUGGGAGCUAAGCAUUGUCGAAGGGUUUUCAAAGAAUCUACCUUUGACUUUAGCAGUGAUAGUGAUGAAGAAGCUAAUGGAACAUCAGUAAUGAGAUCCAAUAAAACACCUUCAAAUACCGAUAAUCGGAAGCAGAUUACAUUACAGCAAUGUGGAUUUUCCAAAAUGCUGGAAAAAGAAAUAACUGAUAAGAAAAUAUCCCUUCCUGAAGAAAGUAAUAUGUCUAUAUUAAAUGUGAAUAUUAAAAGUCAGUUGAGUUCCAGAUCCGUACAGAAAAAUAAGUAUACUACAGACCAGAAUGUUGUGCCAGUUUCUGAACAGCAUCACAGUUGUGGAAAAUCUACAUUUUUGGGAAAAGGAAAUGUCUGUGAAACAGAGUACAGCUCUGAUGAGAGUGCUGAGGAUGUUGUUUUGUCCUCCCAAGUAUGCAAGAAGGAUCCAAUGAAAAAAUCAUCCCUUUUCAAAUGCAUUUCAGAAUCGGAUUAUUCAGACUUUGAUUUAGACACGUCUGUUAAAACGAAUAGUCAAUAUAUAAAGAGUAGCUGUGAUGAAAUAAGCGAUGAAUCUGAUGACAUUGAAAUACCAAAGAAAAAUGCAUUAAAAGAUUCUUUUCUUACCAAAUAUGGUGCAGCUAAAGAUUCUCAGACAAUAGAAGUGUUUACAUCCUCCGAUGAUGACAAUUUUCAAAAUGAAAAAACAAGUCCUAUUUAUGAAGGUGCCAGGCGCAAAUCGGCAAAAUUUAGAAUGAAUCUGAAAUCAAAAAAAAGGAAAAAUGAAUCCGUAUUUCAAACAAACAAAGCCAUAACACAUCAAGAAGGUGUAAAACAUCAUUGUAAUUCUUUGGAUAAUGUUCUAGAUGGAGUUGAAGGUGUAGCAUAUAUCCACUCAAAUCAGCAUGUUGUUGGUUCAAGCAAAGCAGAAAAUCAGCUGAGUAGGUGGGCUGUACGAGAUGUUUUUGAAUUAAAACAAUUCUCCCAGCUUCCAGCUAAUAUUACACCCCUUAAAAUGAAGAAAUCUGAAUAUGUCUCUGAUGAGAAGAAACCACUGAAAUCUGAGAAAGACUUGGCAACAAAAAGCUACACUGUGUUGCAGUAUCCUAUAACACACCAACAAAAGAAAGUACAUCGAGUAAGCAAAAUGACUUUCCUGGUGGGCGAGACUCCCAAGGCAAUGCAGAGGAAACAAUUUCAGGAAAUGGCAGCUUACUUUAACAUGAAUUCAGCAGAACAAUUUGCUCGUCACAUUGCCAGUGUAAAAUCUGAUGUCCGCCAGAACAUGCUCCGUGAAUAUUACAUCAGCAAAUAUUCUGAAGCUGGAGAUCUAUAUCCUAUACAAGAGCAAUUAGCUUUACAAGAUGAUAAAGAGCACAGAAAAAAGGAACCGGGUAAACUGGCUACAAAAAGAAGACUAAAGGGAAUUAAUACAUUUCCAGAUGAAACUGCUGAAAAAAGGAUAAAAUCACAUAGAAAAACUAGUGAACGCAUUGCAACAGACAGCCAUGGCUAUGAACAUUUGGAUUCUAGUAGCCUGAAUGUGCCCUUUUUGAUAUCCCAUACAGAAAACCCUCAAAUAAACCACACACGUGACUCCUCAGCCACUACCCUGAAAAUCACUAAUUCACAUGGAAAGCUUUCUUCUAGUGCUGUAAAUCCUACUUGCAGUAACAAUGAGAAUAAACCAUGUGAGACAAGCUCCAUCUCGGAGCUGCUUGGAGACACAUCCAUUCUUGAUGAUUUGUUUAUCAACAAGACUAAUCGCCAGACAGAGUUACCGGUGAAAGCAAACUAUGAUCCAGCAGCAACAAAAGCAAAGCGCCGUCCCAAAGAUUUUUGGGAUUUAUUAAAUGAACAAAAUGAUGAAAGCCUUAAUAAGCUCUCUGAUCUCAGUGUGAUAGAAAAGGUCUGUCAGAGUCCAACCUUACCUUCGGCAGCCAAGAAAGAUCAUUGGAAUGAUUCCCUGUGGGUAAACAAUGAAAAGUUUUUAUGGCGAAAACCCGAUUCAAUGCAUAAUUCAAGUACAUCGUCAGAUGCAUAGCAUGUGUGUACAGCAGAGGGUAAUGAUGCUUUUUAAAUACUGUUUGGUGAUCAUUUACAGUUGACAUUCGCUAAUGUUAUAGGUCUUAUUUUUGAAGAAGUAGUCUUGCAAAUUAAAGAGAAUUGCCUAUACCCAUGGCACUUUAUGCCCUUGCACUGCUCC